AGUAUCAUCUGCCUCAAACAUGGCGACUGUGGUAUCGUUGUCACAGAGAAUACCUUUGUUAUCCCGGCAUUUUCGUGGUGCCAGGCGUUCGUACAGCUCGUGGCGUGGCGACAGUGUUGUGAAACAAUGGAAAAACGGCACUGGACAUUUAGUGGCAGCCUCCAUCGCCCUUUUUAUCGGAUACAAAUACACGAAGCCCAACGUGGUUCACGCCUUGAAAUCUCGAAAGCGAGACGAUGAGACACAAAAGGCAGUAAAGCUGAUGAUGCGGGAACGAAGAUUUAUAAAAUUUGCAUCGGUGGAAUAUGACGGGCAACUGUACAUGACGCCCCAGGACUUCCUCGACAGUGUUGUUGAACCCGAACCCAGACCGAGACUGAAGCGACGUGUGCUGAGUGACAAGGAGCUCGAUGUGAUGAGAAAUUCCAUCCCCACGCUGCGUCAUGGAAGUCCGCAUAUGCUAAGAAACUUGCGGGACAAGGGAAUUAUUUCUUACACGGAGUAUUUGUUUCUCUUGUCGAUUCUAACCAAACCAAAUACAGGUUUCCGAAUCGCGUUUAACAUGUUCGACACCGACGGAAACGAAAGGGUGGAUAAAACAGAAUUCCUUGUGAUCCGACGACUGCUCGGCGGCACACUAAAGGAGCGACACCUUGACGGCGAGACUAAACGUGCAUUGAGAUCCAUAUACGGACCGGAAGAGCGUAACGUUCCCAAAGUACUGAAACUUCGUAACAACUGUCAGGGAAACCAGAACAGAAAAAUUGUCUCUAAUUCAUACAUGGAGAAAGUAUUUAGCCACGCUUGGAGGGGACGCCACGGCACCGAGACCCAAGAAAACCUGGACCAUUUGACCGAGAGGCAAACAUCUCCGGAAGAAAUUCAAGACCAAUACAUUGACGACGAGCAGGGCCUGCAACGCCGACACGCUGUGGACACAACAUUAAUGAUACACUUCUUCGGGAAAGAAGGUAACAACGAGCUGAAGUACGAUGACUUCAAGCACUUCAUGGAAAAUUUACAGCAGGAAGUAUUGGAGCUCGAGUUCCAUGAGUUCAGUAAAGGCAGAGAAGUCAUCACUGAAAUGGAUUUCGCGAAAAUAUUGCUGCGAUACACUUAUCUUGACACUGACGAGUAUGACAAGUAUCUGGACCGGAUCCUUCAGAAUACAGAACUUCAAAUUGGCAUCACGUUUGACGAAUUUCGUCGUUUCUAUCAGUUCUUAAACAACAUCGACGACUUCUCCAUAGCUAUGCGAAUGUAUACAUUGGCGGACCAUCCUAUAUCCAAAGAUGAAUUCCAACGAGCUGUGAAAAUCUGUACAGGAAGUGUACUCUCAAAUCAUAUUAUAGAUACAGUCUUCGCGUUGUUCGACGAAGAUGGCGACGGACAAUUGUCCUACAAAGAAUUCAUCGCGAUUAUGAAAGAUCGACUUCAUAGAGGUUUCAAGUCGCAACAACGACGUGAGGGUUGGCAAGCAUUCACCAGUUGCGUGAAGCAAGAGAUGAAGUCUCGCUAAUUAAAGAGUAAACCAAUGUCUAAGAACUGCAAAUAUAUUCUAUGGAAUAAUACGAAAUGCCAUGGGGACAUUAGUCCUUUCUCAAACCCCUAAUUUUAUUGUAUUAUAUUUCCAUUGUGAUACAGCAGACCUGGGAAAAUUUUAUUUCACAUGAAAACAAGAAAUGUAUAUCGAAUAAUUCAUUUCCAAACGUUAUUUUAAAAUACAAACAAUACCAGUCCAUUUGAAAUUAUAGCAAUUUCAAAUAACGAACUAUGUUGUUUUACUUCAAAUAUGACAAAAGUAUGUGACAAGUACAUGACAAAAAAUAUUCUCAAAAUAAUGUGCAAUGAAAAGAUUUUACUUUAAGAAACCUUUACAUCGAUUUGCAUUGGAAACGAUUCUAUUUAAGCGAAAUCUUUUCCCAGAAAGUUUACAAGAGGGAUGUUAUUUUUCAGAAACAUGCGUCUUAUUAUCGAAUAAUUAUUUAACAUUGUCAGAUCCAUCCUCCAAAUGUCAGUGAGGAUGUCGAAAUAAACUAGACUCACAGUCACAGCUAAUACUUAGAACAUCAUAUAAUUUCCAAGAAGUAUUUUACAAUUAUCUCAGAUAAUUAUUUCAAGAAAUUAUAACACAAAGUAGCAUAUUAUUUGAAAUAAUAUCUCAAACAGUGUCAAUUCAAGUAUGGCCAGGUCUGCGAUACAAUUACUAUUAUAUUAGAUAUAAAACUCUCUACCUCUAUUUAACAUUGACUCGUCUUGUUAUAUGUAUUUUCAUGAUACUGUGAUCACUAUACCGCAGUUUGUACGAUUACCGAAGUCACUAGUCUUUACAAAUAAGUACGGGCGAUACUACCGAUUUGCCAUCAUCAAAGACCUACUGUUUUUGUUAAUAAUAUACUAUAAUAAUAUACUUCGAUUAUAUAUUUA